AUGUUCAGUCUAUUAAUCGUGUGCUAUUUUCUACGAGUAACUGAAUCAGGUCUCUCAUUAGAUAUUGCGGACUGCAGAGGUUCACCCGUGGCACCAUUCAGACCUGUGCCACCUCCAUCUGCUUGCAAAAACAAGGAUGAAGCUAUAUGCGUUGCAGUUUUCAAUCCUUUAGGCAGUGAUGCCGCAACUAACGCAAAUCCAGCAAUGACGUAUAAGGUUAAUGCAAAUUGUCUAAAUGCCACACUGAAGGCAAAUGCUCUUGCGUUGUGCCCAUCGUCUUGUGCACUUUGCUGUAUGGCUCCUGAAUUCAGUUGCAGCAACGGCAGUGAUGCCGCAACCAACGCAAAUCCAGCAAUGACGUAUAAGGUUAAUGCAAAUUGUCUAAAUGCCACACUGAAGGCAAAUGCUCUUGCGUUGUGCCCAUCGUCUUGUGCACUUUGCUGUAUGGCUCCUGAAUUCAGUUGCAGCAACGCCGCUGGUGCUGAUUGCACACCUUUCACUGUCAGUCCGGAUCUGUGCACUAAUGCACUUACUGCAGCAGCAGCAUUAGCAAACUGUCCUAAUGCCUGUGGCUUAUGUAAUCAGCCUGGUGCCGGUGGUCGUUGCCCAGACGCUGUUACAAAUUGUGCAGCGCUAUUGCCUCUUUUAACGUGCACAAAUGCAUAUAUGCAACAGAAUUGCAUGGAAACAUGCAGGAUCACAACUUGUUUAUCCACAACAGGAGGUGCGUCAUCAUGUAGUGACGGCCGAGCCAACUGUGCACAAAUGGCUUCGUUCUGCAAUGUGGCACCAUAUUCCGGAGUUAUGAGAGAACAAUGCAGAAAAACAUGUGGCAUAUGUCGUUGA